AUGGCGGAGCGAAUAGCAGAGGUCACGCUGCCCAAUGGCGACGACCACGCCUUCGACAUCUGGACCGUCCGCCAGACACUGCUCUCAAACUCGACGAAGUUGCGCACUUCCGAGCUCCAUAGCAUCCACGAAAAGCUCGUGAGUCGAGAGAUUCCAUCUUCUCGUAUUGCUCCUCUUCUACACGCUCUUUUCGACACAUAUCCCCUCUACGUCGAUACACGAUCGCGCCAGGAAGUCGAGUUGUGUUUGUCUGCAAUCGCGAGUGGUCCUGACGCUCCGAACUUCAUACCUGGAUUGGUCAAGGACAUCGAGGAUGAGACGAACAAGGCUGCGAUUGCCCCUGCCAAUGCAUUCGUUCUGCUGAGAUGGAGCUCGCUUCUGAUCCAGCACGCUGCGCGAGAGAAAGAGCUGUGGGAUUUGUGGGGAAAGACAACACUCAAGGCUCUGACCAACGCCCUAAACACGCUGUUCGCGUCUCAGCCCAAGGAUAGCACACGGAUAACAGCGUUGCGUGUCAGUCGGCGUGCGAUACGCACCGUGCUGAAGUCCCCAUUUGGCCCAGAUGUGAUUGGAGACUGCAUAUCGACCCUAGCAGCAAAAGCUACCUCUCCGAUUCCGAAGAAUGCGCUGCUCCUAGGAAUCAUUGCUGGAGUGUGUAGAAGAGUUCCCGGCCAGGAUGGAGUGGUCGAGUCCAGGAAACCAGACUACUUCGCCUUUUAUCUGAGAGAGAUUCUGGGAUCCAAGACUCAGUUGCCAGCGUACAUCGCGACCGCCCUGCACGACUUCUUCGCUGCGUACGUGACGGCCGAGGACUUGAAGAAAGAGAUCGCGCCUGCUGUCGAGAAAGCUUUGCUAAGAGCUCCAGAGGUCGUCCUGAACGAUCUUGUCACGCCUGUCAUUGUUGCGCUCCCCGUCGACCUGGACCUGUCGGAGGUGUUGGCCUCCCACUUUGUGAAGCCGCUGCUUGCCAACAUUAAAUCGACCAACGCCUCGAUUCGAGAAGGUGCUGUGCGGACGUUCAAAGCUUUGGCAGCGCGGUCGCGAAACGAGAAGCUAGUCGAGAAGGCUGCUGAUGAGGUCCUCACCCCGUUGAAGACGAACAAGGUCACUUCUGCCGAUCAACGUGUGCUGCAUGCCGAGAUGCUCUCAAGCCUUACGCCCACCGCUGCACUGGCUUCGAAGGUACCUCAAGGUCUAAUUCCAGUUGCGGCCAAAGAAAACAAUGAACCCGCAGCUGCAGCAGAAAUUGGCUGUAUUGCGACAUACGUGCGCUUUGCGCUGGAAUCAGACCUCAAACUUGACAAAGUCAUAAUCGAUGCAUUCACCAAAGGCUUGGCAGAGAAGCGAUUGCCCAUGCGCCGAAUCUGGGCCUUGCAGCUCGCAUCUGGUAUUUGGUCAGUGAGUGAAGAGACGCUCAACAACGAGAACACCACAGCCCUCUUCGAUGCUUGCGUUGGAAAUUUGAUCGACUCUUUCAACGAAGUCGUGGCAAACCCUUUACCUGCCGCUCAGAAUGGUCAAGUGUCAGUGGCGUACGGUGCGACUGCGCUGUGUCUCGCCAAGGCGCCAGGCAUGCCAUCCCUGAAGAACGCUCCUGUUGUCAAGAAGGCAGCCAUUGCUGGCAAAGUUCUGGUGGCAGAGCCGAAGCCCUCAUUCCUGCUGAAUCCGCGUGUCUACACCAAAUUGACGGCCGAGGAUGACUUGCGGUGGUUCCUACAUGCCGUCAAGUCUUCCUUUGCGUCCUUGAGCACGGAGAACGGUCAGGAUUCACUCGCGAUUGCAUGGGCACAGACAAUCAUAUACCUCAUAAGUUCAACGACUGUGCCUCCCAGCGUGAGGAAAGAGGCGGUCGGCGCAUUGAAAUCCCUGUAUGCUGCGACUCCUCUGCGUACUGCGCAGGUGGUCGUCAACGGUCUUUGGCAAUGGUGCGAAGAUCUUGAACUCGAGACCAAGGAAAGCACUGCCAUUGCCUCAAAGUCAGGACGUGAUGAGCUUCACAAAGUCGUUCGAGCUAUUUGCUUGGACGCAGAGUCUGCCACGAGUCUUGGGGUCGCCUUGGACCGAGAAGGACUUGAACUGCAGCUAAGAGCAUUGCUCGUGCUCUGCCGACCGCAGCUAAUCCCAAAAGCCCCUUGGAUCGAGUUGUGUAUCCGCACUGGAGUCGAUCCUGGCGGUCUCGCAGAGAAGUCAUCCAGGGACUGUCUAGUUCGAGUGCUCGCCGUCACCGAGAAUCCGAUUUGGAGGCCACUGCCAGCCUUCCAAUCCGCCGCCUGCAGUGCCGCUGCUGACCUUGCUUUUGUGGCGCCUGACGUUUUGACACCGCUAAUCGUUGCCCAGAUGACCAUAGAUCUCAAUCCAGGUCAACUCGAAGACAUUGGACCGACCGAAGCUGCAAUAUACCGUACUCCAGAGGGUACCGCGUUUGUUGAUGUGCUAUCGAAACAGCCUCAGGCAAGACAAAUCAGCAAAGGCGACAAGGACUACGACACGCUCAAGUGGGAAGAAGAGCUGAGGGCUCAGAUCGCUGCUAAGAAAGGCCAAACCAAGAAGCUCACCGCCGACGAGCAGUCAAAGGUCAACGCACAGUUAAAGAAGGAAGCAGAGAUCAGGAGCACUGUAGCAGAGGUAGACGCACGUCUUCGACGAGGAAUCGGCUUUAUCACCGCGCUGGCAAUAGGGCCUCCUACAGAAGCGGAAACAUGGUUUGGCCCUGCAGUAAAACUGCUGUUCGAUGUCAUUCAAGCUGGGGCUGCACUCAUUCUUGGUGAUGCUGCUGCGCUGGGAUACUUGCGUUGCGCAGAGAAGACCUCAACUCGUCUCGGCGCCAUGCGUCCCUUCGUUGGAGUCGCUACCCUACGGUCCGCUGGAAUCACGAUCCUACCAGAGAACCUUCUCGCCGAGCCGUUGGGAGAUCUAGUGACACGCAUACUGUACAGAAUCAGAUCCCUUGGAGAGCAGCGGCCCUUUGACACGGUCACAUUGAGCUACAUCGUGGCUUUGGUCUUCCUCGUUCUCGAGAAUGGAGGGAUUGAUCGGGCCUCAAGCGAAGAUGUGGACGAACAAAUCCUCCUCGCCAUCGAGUUUCUCUCAUUGCAUACAGCCGUCUGCGCCGACACACGACUCCCUCGUCAGAAACUUCUGAGCACUCUCAUUACCGCUAUGCAAAAAUACACUCAGCACUUCCGAGCUUUCAAGGACUGUUUUGCAGAUCUAUGUCGUCGUGUGGCUCCCAACAUGAACACUGCAGAGACCAACACCGCAGUCAAGGGCGUCAUUGUUCCGGACGUAUCGGUGCGGAACGCUGUCCUGCAGGCCAUCAGUGCAGAACUGGAGCUCGUGGAUCGCGACUUCUACGAAGAGAUAUGGCUCGCUUGCCACGACGACGAUGAAGAGAAUGCAGAGAUUGCGCACGAAAUUUGGCAGGAGAAUGAGCUCAAGAUCACCGAGGAGGCAGCCGAACAGUGCUUGGUUUAUCUUCAGUCAAGAGACUCCCAGCUGAGGAGAGCUGCUGCGCGAGCAAUUGCAGCGGCCGUCAAAGAACAUCCUUCUAAAUUCACAGACGUGAUGAAGAAGAUACAGGCUGCAUAUUUUGAAGCAGCCAAGCCGAAGAAACCCGAACUCGACAGAUAUGGCAUGCCAGUUAAGAAAGACAUGUCCGACCCGUGGGAGGCGAGGCAUGGAUUCGCCCUGGCUUUCAAGGAAUUGGCGCCGAGCUUCCCAACCGAUCAACUACAACCGUUCCUGGAGUUUCUGAUUCAAAACGGGCCCUUGAGCGACAGGAGCACCACUGUGAGAGACAGCAUGGUCGAAGCCGCGACUACUAUAGUAUCGGUUCGUGGUGCAGAUCAAGUCGAGCCGCUCAUGAAGCUCUGCGAAUCUACUCUGGGCAGCAGUAGCAAUUCAGAGGCACAAGACCUCGUGAACGAAGCUGUUGUCAUUCUGUACGGUGCACUCGCUAGACACUUGCCCAAGGGUGACCAGCGAAUACCGAAGGUUGUCAACCGCCUGCUCGCUACGCUAAGCACGCCGUCUGAGUCUGUACAAUAUGCCGUAGCGCAAUGUCUACCACCUUUGGUCCGCGCAUCACUCGAUCAGGCCGGCCAAUACCUGCAGCAGAUGAUUGAUGAGACUUUGCAUGCAAAGAAGUACGCUGCUCGUCGCGGAGCAGCUUACGGCCUUGCAGGUAUCGUGAAGGGCAGAGGCAUAUCGAUCCUGGGAGAGACCCGCCUUCUAUCCACCCUUCGAAGUGCCACUGAGAACAAGAAGGAUCCGAACGAGCGCCAGGGAGCUUUCCUCGCCUUCGAGCUGCUAUCACUGCUACUGGGACGUCUUUUCGAGCCAUACGUCAUUCAGAUUGUACCUCAAAUUCUUUCUGGAUUCGGUGACUCCAGUACGGAUGUGAGAGAGGCUUGCCUUGACGCUGCAAAGACAUGCUUUGCUACUCUCAGUUCGUACGGAGUCAAGUUGGUUCUGCCACAGCUACUGGAGGGCCUGGAAGAGCAACAAUGGCGAAGCAAGAAAGGUGCCUGCGACUCUUUGGGAGCAAUGGCUUAUCUCGACCCCCAGCAACUUGCAGUAUCGCUCCCAGACAUCAUUCCGCCCCUCACGGAUGUCCUAAACGACAGUCACAAGGAAGUGCGAGCAUCUGCCAAUCGAAGCUUGCAGCGCUUUGGAGAAGUGAUUAGCAACCCAGAAGUCAAGAGCCAGGUCAACAUUCUACUGAAGGCCUUGAGCGACCCCACCAAAUACACCGACGACGCACUUGAUGCUCUGAUCAAAGUCAGCUUCAUCCACUACCUCGAUGCUCCAUCUUUGGCUUUGGUGGUUCGCAUUCUCGAACGUGGCUUGAGCGAUCGAUCAGCGACCAAGCGAAAAGCCUCUCAAAUUAUCGGCAGCCUGGCGCAUCUUACAGAGAAGAAAGAUCUCAUUGCGCAUCUUCCGAUCUUGGUAGCUGGUCUGAGGGUGGCGGUCGUCGAUCCUGUCCCGGCAACUCGUGCCACCGCUUCCAAGGCACUUGGUUCGACGAUCGAGAAACUCGGCGAAGACGCUCUUCCUGAUCUCAUCCCAAGCUUGAUGUCUACUCUCAAAGCUGACGCUGGUGCCGGUGAUCGUCUUGGAUCCGCUCAAGCACUCUCCGAAGUGCUUGCUGGUCUUGGUACCAGCCGACUCGAGGAGACUCUGCCAACUAUUCUGCAAAACGUUUCGAGUUCAAAAGCUUCCGUCCGCGAGGGCUUCAUGUCUCUCUUCAUCUUCUUGCCCGCUUGCUUCGGAAACAGUUUCUCGAAUUACCUUGCCAAGAUCAUUCCACCCAUCCUGGCAGGUCUCGCAGACGACGUGGAAUCUAUCAGAGAUACUGCUCUUCGUGCAGGACGCCUGCUUGUCAAGAACUUCUCCGCACGCUCGGUCGACCUCUUGCUGCCCGAAUUGGAGCGUGGUCUCGCCGAUGACAGCUACCGUAUCCGUCUCAGCUCCGUUGAGCUCGUGGGAGAUCUGCUGUUCAACCUUACUGGUAUCAGUGGCAAAGCUGAAGCUGAAGAUCUGGAAGAGGGCGCCAACGAAGCCGGACAAUCCCUUAUUGAAGCUCUUGGUGAAGAGAAACGCAACAGGGUGCUCUCGGCUCUGUACAUCUGUCGCUGUGAUACUUCUGGCCUUGUUCGCUCGUCUGCUAUGGGUGUCUGGAAGGCACUUGUCUCAUCGCCACGGACCCUGCGCGAGCUCAUCCCAACUCUUACGCAAUUGCUCAUUCGGAGAUUGGCUAGCUCGAACAUGGAGCAGAAGGUCAUUGCCGGUAAUGCUCUCGGCGAACUUAUUAGGAAAGCUGGAGAAGGCGUGCUUGCAACGCUUCUGCCCACACUCGAGGAGGGACUGCAGACCUCUACGGAUACAGAUGCCAGGCAAGGUAUUUGCAUUGCCUUGCGCGAAUUGAUCACUUCUGCCGCGCCAGACUCGCUAGAGGAUUACGAGAAGACGUUGAUCUCGAUCGUGCGGAUCGCUCUGGUUGACUCAAAUGAGGAUGUCAGAGAGGCUGCAGCAGAGGCUUUCGACGCAUUGCAGAGAAUUCUGGGCAAGCGCGCUGUCGAUCAAGUGCUACCUCACCUACUCAACCUUUUGCGUUCCGAGGAAGACAAGGACAAUGCUCUGUCGGCUCUGUUGACCCUUCUGACAGAGGCAACGCGGUCGAACAUCAUCUUGCCAAACCUGCUCCCAACGCUGCUUACUUCGCCAAUAUCAGGCUUCAACGCAAAGGCUCUGGCCUCGCUCGCAGAGGUGGCCAGCUCCUCUAUGACGAGAAGACUACCCAACAUCCUCAAUGCGCUCAUGGACAACAUUGUGGUCUGCAAAGACCCAGAACUCAAGUCAGAUCUCGACAGCGCGUUCGACACCAUCUUGCUGUCUGUCGAUGAAUACGAUGGGCUGAACACUAUGAUGAGCGCAAUGCUCACUCUUGCUAAGCACGAUGACCACCGCCGUCGUGCUGCAGCAGACCUUCAUCUUGCCAAGUUCUUCGAAGCCACGGAUGUCGAUUUCUCGCGCUACUACCCUGAUCUCAUUCGCGCACUGCUCAUCGCGUUCGAUGAUCGUGACGCAGAAGUGGUCAAGGCUGCUUGGACGGCAUUGAAUGCUCUCAUGCAGAAGCUUAGAAAGGAAGAGAUGGAGUCGUUGGUCAUAUCAACGAAACAGACUUUGAACCAAGUCGGCGUUGCUGGCCACGCAUUGCCUGGAUUCUCACUGCCGAAGGGCAUCAACGCUAUCCUGCCGAUAUUCCUGCAGGGUUUGAUGAAUGGUUCUGCAGAGCAGCGGACUCAGGCUGCCCUUGCUUUGUCUGACUUGAUCGAUCGCACCAGUGCUGAGAGCUUGAAACCGUUCGUGACGCAGAUUACUGGUCCGCUCAUUCGUGUGGUUUCUGAGCGAUCCACGGAGCUCAAGGCGGCGAUUCUUCUGACGUUGAACAACUUGCUGGAGAAGAUUCCGACAUUCUUGAAGCCGUUCUUGCCACAACUCCAGCGCACUUUCGCCAAAUCGCUUGCCGAUCCUUCGAGCGAGGUCCUGCGAACCAGGGCUGCUCGUGCGCUUGGUACGCUCAUUACCAUGACGCCUCGAAUUGAUCCCUUGAUUGCUGAGCUGGUCACUGGAUCGAAGACGAGUGAUUCAGGUGUCAGAAAUGCGAUGUUGAAGGCACUAUAUGAGGUUGUGAGCAAGGCAGGCGCCAACAUGAACGACGUGUCGAGGAGCUCCAUUUUGGGUCUCAUCGAUUCGGAAUCUGGAGAGAGUGACGACUCGUUGAACAUCACCUUUGCCAAGUUGCUUGGUGCGCUCAUCAAAGUGUUACCAGCAGAUGCUGCCACACAACUGAUCAAGGGCCGUGUCUUGACCAAGGACUUCAGCCACUCAUCUGUCUUGGCACUUAAUGCCGUCCUGGUCGAGGCACCCGAGACUCUAACGGAUCACCUUGACGAGAUCACACGUUCGUUGAUCGUACAAGGCAUCGGCAGCAGUCAGCCUUUCAUUGCGGACAAUGCUGUGCUGGCAUCAGGGAAGUACCUUCUCACCGAGACAGGCAACAAGAGCUUUGAGGCCACCAAACCUAUCCUCGAAGCACUCGCGGCCGUGAUACCUGCGGGUAAACCAGUCGACACUCGCCGUCUCGCUCUUGUGGUCAUUCGAACCGUCAGCCGCGAGAACAAAGAGCUCAUCCGCCCACACCUGAACAUCCUCGUCCUACCGAUCUUCCGGAGUGUACGAGACCCGGUCAUCCCCGUCAAGCUCUCUGCUGAAGCAGCGUUCUUGUCGAUUUUCCAGGUCGUGGAGGAAGAAGGUGCGGUCUUUGAGAAGUACAUGCAAGGCCCUGGAGCCAGCCUUGGGCCGGGCGAUAAGAGAAGCAUACAAGAGUACUUCAAGCGUAUUGCUUUGCGACUCAGCACCCAGGCCAAGGAGAGGAAGGAGGCUGAAGGUGGCGCCGGCGGACUUGGUCUCACUAGCGAUGAGAAGGAGGAUGAGAGGGAAGUGUGGUCGAUUGGAAAGGUCGAUCUGGGUGAGGGUGGAUUCUCAGACGAUUGA